GUCACCUUCAGGCUGGCCAACUUACAUAAAGCAUGUGGCCAAGCUUUUACUCCGUUCCCUUUCCCCUUCGCCCACAACGCUCACCACGCGCUGCUCGACUUCAAGAGGCUAAUCCUCCCUCAUGCGCUUCCAAGGUUUGAGAUGGAUUGGGGCAACGACGAUCGUAGUUGGCCUAGGGCGGAUGGCAGGAGCGCAGUCGACGAACGUGACUUGUCCGUCCUCCAUGGACUGGGCUAAGAACUCCUUGGGCCAGAACCCAUGUCUCAUGGGAGCGUACGCCUACGAGCCAUGCGAUGGGUCCAUCGAGGUCGCUACUUUGCCCGAUGGAAAUGUCUAUGCCGGUCCUUUCAGCAGCAACGAUUCCGUCGCGUGUCUUUGCAACACUGUGACAUACUACCUUUUCGCGGCGUGUGGGGCCUGCCAAAACCACUCCGCGCAAGCUUGGAACGCAUGGAGUAACUUCUGCAAUAGUAGUGGCCCAUACAUACAAGUAUACCCGGCAGGCGUUCCAGCAGGUACUGCCUUCCCUCCCUGGGCAUAUCUCCCGAUUGUCAGCAAUAGCUGGGACCAGGAUCUCGCCGUCCAGAAUGCAUCUGCCGUAGCCGCGGCCGCAUCCCAGUCGGCAGCCAUCUCUUCAUCCUCCGUCGCAGCCGUUUCCGCGACCUCCGUCGCCGCGUCGCUCUCCAACGCUGCAAUCGCCUCAUCCCUGUCUGCCCUCCAAGCAUCGUCCACUGGCGGAUCAUCGCAUCACUCCAAUGCCGGCGCGAUCGCCGGUGGCGUUGUUGGCGGCAUCGCCGGGAUCGGCCUCGUUAUAGGCGCUGUCAUAUUCUUCCUCCGGCGCUCUUCCAAGAAAGCUCAGAAUGAGUAUGCUGAUCCCCGACACAGCCAGCCGGACAUGUAUCAGCCGUCAGUGAACCCGUCGAAUAACCCCCGGGAGACGAAGUUCUAUAACCCAGACGACCCGACAACCUACCCUCAGUCGCCGAACUCGGCGUCGGCGACGCUCCCAACACAGGGGUAUCAGCCCCCGUACCAGCAGCAGGCGUGGGGCCACCCCCAACAGUCCGGAUAUGAUCAGGCUUCGUCUCACGGGCCCGGCCAGCCAACUGGAUACAACGGAGCGCCGGAGGUGUACUGAGUGAUGUACGAGCCAGGCACGAUACUUCAGUAUCCGUCUUGUAUAUUCCGAAUCGAGUCCAAUUUGCUCUUUCGGUUUCGGUUCUGUCUUUCUUUCCUUUCUUGUGGGUUUAUGAUGCUCGGACCAGGCGGCGACGCCAGCUACGAGCGGUUUACUGUAUAUGAUGCUUUUGUAUCCUUAUCCAUAGCACCAAUGCUAUGCUCACGAUCAC